AUGGGUGUAACAUGCUCUUAACCCAAAAAAUCGAAUUUGACAAUCACAAUAAGUUCAGAAAAUGAAGAUCCAAAUUUCGAGAUUAAAAAGCUUCUGAGUGAGGAGAGAAUAACGAAACUUCGAAAAACAUUUCCAUCUCCAACAAAAACUUAUGAAUCCUAUUUCCUUAGUUAAAUUAACAAUGAUAAAACAAUAAAUAUUAAUAGAUGCUGUGAUGAAGAAAAAUUUCAUAAAUCAAGUAAAUUGGGCGUUCCACUUAUUUGUUGA